AUGAGAAGAAGACCUUGUACUGGGCUGAAAAAAACGAUCAAGGGAACGAUGAGGAAAAAAAGCUCGGUGACCAUGAACCGCAGGAUGAAUUGGACGGAACAGGGCGGCGCUCAGGGCUCCCUCGAGCCUGCUGACAGGGAACGUUUGGUAGCACCACCUGUUCAGCUUCCAAAGCAAAAAAAGGAAGGCGAUGAGUCAGAAGAUGAAGAAGACCCCGAUGCUGACCUUGAAGCUGACCAUUUGGGAACACUUCGAAAGCAGGCAGGGCUACCGGAAAUGCCAGACGAUGGGCUGCCAAGUGCAUCUUCUCAAAAACUCUUGUCGUGCUUGGACAAGAGGAUUGCAAGACUUCAGCAGGGAUUGGACAGGUAUGCCGAAGGUAACCUUUCAGACCUCCAGAGCAGGAUGAAAACAAAGAUUGAAGCUGCGAUUGCCGACCUUGAGGAUAUCCACAGUCGGAUCCAAACAUGCUUUUCCAAUGGCGUGGUGGAUGGUCUGACCAAACAGGUGCAGAAAAAUCUCGGGAGCCUCCAGGCUGAUGCCCAAAGGAAGGCUAUGGACGCCGUCUCAUUGGAAGGUCGCAUGAGGCAGCUCUACCCCAAGAAGGAGCAGGGCGAUGAGAGUGAGAAUAAAAAGAAACGAACGGCCAAAAAGGGCCAGGCGAAAGCCAAGGCUAAAUGUAAAGCAAAGGCCAAGGCUAAAGGCAAGGCCAAAGAAGAAUUGGCAGAUGAAGAUGAAGAUGAAGGUGCUAAGGCCCCAAGGAAGCGAACCAAGAAGUAG